CCCCCCCACCAUUUUAUUGUUGGAGUCCUUCCCUUGCAACUUUGAGGUUCUGUCUUUAUUUGUUUCCUGAGAAAAUCCGUACAUUUCGAGGUGACCCUUUUGAGAUUUGAGUGAACCCAGAUCGGAUCGAGACUCGUUUUGUCAUUUCUUUGGUCUUACUCUUUUUGUUACAGCAACCAAAGAAGAGGUUUUUUAAAUUUUUUUUAAAUUUUUGGUAGAAGGGGGCUAAUGUGGGCGGGGUUGAUAUAUGGUGAAUGUGAAGAUGAAAAGCAAUCAUAAAUCAAGAUUUGGUCUAAAGUCAAAAUUAAUGGGGAUUUGUUUCAGUGUUGAUGGCGACAAAAUCCCACAAGAACAACGGCAGUUAUCUUCUAAGGGAAACCAAGCAGGGCAUGUCUAUGAUCAGUCUCCAAGUGGACCAACUGAGCCGGAGUUGGUUGAGACCAAAAGAGCAACCAGCACGCCUUCAGUUCCCAAGAAUGUUACAGAUCUCCGCAAUAGUCCUGGUUAUGGUAACGUUGAUAUCUUUACAUACGAGGAAAUGAAGCUGGCCACAAAGCAAUUCCGGCCAGAUUAUAUUCUUGGUGAGGGUGGAUUCGGAGUUGUUUACAAAGGAGUCAUAGAUGAGAGCGUAAGGACUCUUUACAAGACCACAUAUGUUGCAAUCAAGGAGCUUAAUCCUGAUGGGUUACAAGGUGACCGAGAAUGGCUGGCAGAAGUUAACUAUUUAGGUCAACUCAGUCACCCAAAUCUUGUGAAGCUCAUUGGGUAUUGCUGUGAAGAUGAGCACAGGCUGUUGGUCUAUGAAUACAUGGCAAGUGGGAGCCUCGAAAAGCAUCUGUUUCGGAGAGUGGGUUGUACUUUGACAUGGUCAAAAAGAAUGAAGAUUGCUUUAGAUGCUGCAAAAGGACUUGCUUUUCUUCAUGGUGCAGAAAGAUCUAUCAUAUACCGUGAUUUCAAGACAUCAAACAUCUUGCUUGAUUCGGAUUUUAAUGCAAAACUUUCAGAUUUUGGACUUGCUAAAGAUGGACCGAUGGGAGAUCAGACUCAUGUGUCAACACGUGUUAUGGGGACAUAUGGAUAUGCUGCUCCUGAAUAUGUAAUGACUGGGCAUCUAACUGCUAGAAGUGAUGUUUAUGGGUUUGGGGUAGUACUACUUGAGUUGCUUCUUGGAAGGAGAGCUUUGGACAAGAGCAGGCCUAGCCGAGAACACAACCUUGUUGAGUGGGCUCGCCCUCUCUUGAACCACAAUAAGAAGGUUCUGAGAAUCUUAGAUCCCAGAAUGGAAGGGCAGUACUCAUCCAGAAUUGCAAUGAAAGUGGCUAACUUGGCAUACCAAUGCCUUAGCCAAAAUCCGAAAGGUAGACCUCUCAUGAACCAGGUGGUUGAACUACUUGAGAGUGUGCAGUCCAAGGAUGAAGAAGCCGUGUUUGAAACCACUGGAAGAGGUGUAACCCUUUAUGAAGACCCAAGGCGCUCUCCUCACACUCCUGGGAAGGAAAGAAACCGAGCUAGAACUCAUGAUUAUAGAGAAGGGGAACCUUCUCCUUACUCUCCUUCUGAGAAGCAAAGAAACCGAACUAGAAGUCAUGAUCACAGAAAAGAGGAACCUUCUCCUCACUCUCCUUCUGAGAAGCAAAGAAACCGAACUAGAAGUCAAGAUCAUAGAGAAGAGGAACCUUCUCGCACUACUUUGAAGGAAAGAGAUCAAACUGGAAGUCAUGAACGCAGGGAAGGGGAACCUUUUCCACACACUCAUGAGGAGGAAAGAACCCAAACUAGAAGUCAUGAUCAUAGAGAAGGGGAACCUCAAAGGAGGAGCAAACCUGCAAAUGCAAGGAGCAGAACUGAGCCCCUAACUGAGAGUGAUCUGUAUAGCCCUCCUGAUUUUAGAAUCUCAAGUCCUAUGAGAUAAGCAUCUGCAUUGAGUUGAACUUGUUCCAAUAUGGAUGGAAGUUGAAAUUGUAAGAAAUGUCUAUCCAUUUUGUUGUUUUGGAAUAGUAGUUAUUCUCCAUUUCUUGGAAUUCCAGAUUCUCAAAACAAAUAUGCUGCUGAAGCAUCACCUUCUCUUCUCAUAUUUCGUAACUUACAAUCAUAUGGCAGUUGCUUUUUACUUA